GUUGGGAGGUUGGGUCUGUUUAGGAUUGCCUCCAGAUAAAACCAAAGGGGCAUGGUGUGUUUGGAGAGAGACAGGGCUUGAGGGUAAAAGGAAGGGGGAUUUAUCUAAAUUAAACUGGUCCUGUAUAGCAUAAGCUAGGGGGAAGUUGCUUUUUUCCUUCUAGGGUAGGUGAUACUGUUCUAGGAUCAUGUGGGGGUUUUCACAUCCAGGCUAGGUGACAACUUUGAAAUUGAAAGAAAGGAGGGAGGGAGUUUAAAACUUGAGCAGAAACAGGCAACUGGCCGGAACUGGCCUUGCUUGUGUGGCAGCAGGUCUUUUUUGAGAAAAAGCAACAGGUGUAGGUCCAGGAGGCAUCUUGGGUUUCUUCUAGGUAACAGGCUCCUUCGGUUCAUUUUGUCAGUUGAUGGGAAACAGGCUGCAGUAGGUUGGUGUAGCUUCAGGUGAGUGACAGAACUGAUCUGACAUCAGCUGUGAAAUCUGUCUGGCUCCCCAUCUCUCUUUGGUGUGGUUUCCCAUCAAGCGUCACUGAUGCCAGAACAAGGUCCCAGAAUGAACGGUUUUUCCCUGGGUGAGCUAUGCUGGCUCUUUUGCUGCCCGCCAUGCCCCAGCCGCAUAGCUGCCAAGCUGGCUUUUCUGCCCCCAGAGCCCACGUACACUGUGAUGCAACCAGAACAGCAAGAAGCUGGAACUGCUGCCGGGACACCAACGGGGAGUUGCAGCCUCCACUUGACUGAGCGGGCAGACUGGCAGUAUUCCCAAAGGGAGCUGGAUGCUGUGGAGGUCUUCUUCUCACGUACAGCCCGAGAUAACAGAUUGGGAUGCAUGUUUGUGCGUUGUGCUCCUUCCAGCCGGUAUACACUGCUUUUCUCCCAUGGCAACGCUGUGGAUCUGGGCCAGAUGUGUAGCUUCUACAUUGGCCUGGGCUCUCGUAUCAACUGCAAUGUUUUCUCCUAUGACUACUCUGGUUAUGGAGUGAGCACUGGUAAACCAUCCGAAAAGAACCUUUAUGCAGACAUCGAUGCGGCUUGGCAGGCCCUCCGAACAAGAUAUGGUGUUAGUCCUGAGAAUAUAAUUCUAUAUGGACAGAGUAUUGGGACGGUUCCCACUGUGGACCUGGCAUCCCGCUACGAGUGUGCAGCUGUGAUCCUUCAUUCGCCGUUGAUGUCUGGCUUACGGGUAGCUUUUCCAGACACUAGGAAAACAUACUGCUUUGAUGCUUUCCCCAGCAUUGACAAGAUUUCUAAAGUAACCUCUCCUGUGUUGGUGAUUCAUGGUACCGAAGAUGAAGUAAUAGAUUUCUCACAUGGCCUGGCAAUGUACGAGCGAUGUCCCCGGGCGGUAGAACCUCUCUGGGUUGAAGGAGCUGGCCACAAUGACAUAGAGCUUUACGCACAGUAUCUAGAGCGACUAAAACAGUUCAUAUCUCAUGAACUCCCCAACUCUUGAAGAAUCCUACUUGGUCUUUCUUUUUUCCUUUUUCAUUUCUCUUGUUUUUUUUUUUACCUCAGUUAACUGUGAAUGGAAGAACUUAACCUGUUUUUUGCACAUACAUUAACUGGAUUAGCUGUAGUAGCUUUAUACUAUGAAGAAAUGCCCUAUCACGAGGGUGAAUCCAAUCAAGUCUGACUUUUUUAUAACAGAAAGCUAUUCUGACAGUCACUACUGUAAUCCCCAAUAUUUUUUUUUAACCUUCAUUACCCAGAAGAGUUGGAUUGGUGGAGGGGAAGCUACUAGAAUAGGAGGAUACUAAAUCUAGUGCAAUUCACAUAGUUUCUCUUCUCUCCCCCCAGCUUCAAGUCAUUUAAUUCCUGUAACUUUUUUCUUUAAAAUCUUCCCACUCUUUUGAAAGGGAACAGUCUGGGGCUACAGUCGAAGAACAUUCUUCAUGUAAAGUUUUUGGCUGUGCUAUUGUAACUGGAAAGGGGUUUUUUUGUGGUGAUGUUUUCUUGUGAUUUCCCCCACUAUCUUACUGACCUUCCCAAGUAAAUGACAACUGACUUCCUAGGGAACGUGCCUCCUUUCUAAAUGGAUCUGGUUCUGAAACAAGCCUCACAUCAGUUUUCUGAAUAUUUGCAAACUUAAAUUUUCUUUUAAAAAUGAGUAAAAUGGCUAAAUCCUAUAAUUCUUUAUACAUAAAAAAUUAAAUGUGUAAAUUUACUAAAUCUGUUAUUCAGAUAAUAUUU